AUUUUUGCAACAACAAAACACAGACGGCUACAUAACCUUGAAGACACUGUUUUGUAUCGGCAAGACAAUUUCGUCAUCAGUUAUUUCUUUUUUCGAAAUAAGAGUCUCCAGAAAUUGCGUUGAAACGAUGUCUAAUUUUGACCUGAAAUCGAUUACAAGUGCGCUCCAGGAAGCACCAUCUAGAACGGGAGUGAGUUUCCUUGGCAAGGCUCUCAAAUGGGAAACCGAAUCCGGCGCAAAGGAACUGAUUGAUGCUAUUGAAGCUUGUGCCAGCCUCCAGUUUCUGGAUCUCGAAGGAAACACAUUGGGUGUGGAGGCAGCUGUAGGAAUUGCCAAAGCGUUAGAAAAACAUCCCGAGUUAAAAGAGGCACUAUGGAAGGACUUAUUUACCGGUCGCAUGAAGACUGAAAUUCCACUAGCUUUGAAGGCUCUUGGCGGAGGAAUGAUUGCCGCUGGCGCACAGUUGACCGUACUUGAUUGUUCCGAUAACGCACUCGGGCCAAAUGGAAUGACUGGAUUGGUUGAUCUUAUAGAAAGCUCGACAUGUUUCACACUGCAGCAACUCAAGCUGAAUAAUUGUGGUCUAGGAGUCACGGGUGGUAAAAUGCUAGCCAAAGCUCUUCUUGCUUGUCACGAGGCCAGCUCCAGGAAAGGCAAGCCGCUAGCAUUGAAACUGUUCAUAGCGGGACGUAACCGACUCGAAAAUGAUGGUUCGAAAGCUCUAGCGGAAGUUUUUGGCCUUAUUAAAACCCUGGAACACGUCGAGAUGCCACAAAAUGGCAUCUACCAUCCUGGAAUCACUGCUCUUUCGGAGGCGUUUAAAUUGAACGCAAACCUGAAGAUGCUAAAUUUGAACGAUAAUACAAUUGGACCUAAAGGUGCAGCCGCACUGGCUGUGGCGAUAUGUGAUUUGCAAAAUUUAGUGGAGGUAAACUUCGGUGAUUGUCUGCUGAAAACGAGAGGCGCAAUUUAUAUCGGUGAAGCGCUACAGGAGGGUCAUAAUACCAUCGAAGUGCUAAACUUUGGCUACAAUGAGAUUGGACCGGAAGGUGGAUUCUCCAUAGUAAGCGCUACGUAUAACAAGGAAAAUUUGAAAUCGCUGAUUUUGGACGCAAAUCAAUUUGGGUAUGAAUGUCGGGAGCAGCUGAAAGAUACUCUUCGUGAGUACGGACGUUUAGAAGCUUUAGGCCCCUUAGAUGAGGAUGAUUCCGAGGGAGAGGAAGAAGACGAAGAUUAUGAGGAGGUCGAGGAAGAGGAGGAGGAGGAAGAAAACCAAGGAGAAGAGUCGGAUGAAGCUGAAACCGAUGAUGUCGGGGAAUCCGAACAAACAGGCGAAGGUGAAGAGUUGUUCGAAAUUUCUGCAGUCACUCCUGAACCCGCGAUAAGAAACAUUCUGGAAGAGAAAAAGACUACAGAAAUCGUUGAUUUAGACGAUUCGCUGCCAUACACAGUGGAGGCCUAUUGUCGGACACAUUACCCAUCGGAAACUAUGUUUAACGCACUAGAAGAAGAAAACAAAGUGGAAGCCUUCAGAGAGUAUCUCAAAUCCUUGCCGUCGGAAGAUUAUCUUGUAUAUCUCGCUUUCACCAUACUGAAAAUAUCGGAGAUUUCGGAAAAAAGCAACGAAGCACUUUCGCUUUCAGAGGCGCUUUUGGUUGAUGCUUUCGAUUACGCGAAAAACAAUAACAGACUCAAAAGUUUGAGAAACUUUUUACUGAUCCAACUGGGAUUGCUUAAGUGCGAGGAUAGUUCUUUCAAGCCCGGAUAUAAUGUGCAGGGCUGUCGCCAUGCGCUCAAGAAUGCCAUCAAGAAGAAUAUCGUACCCGAGGAGGAGCAAAGCUUUUUCAAGGUGUUCCUGGAACAUCGGGGUUAGCGGUGCAUUGAUUCUGUUUAUCGUAUGUAUGUUUAUUUUACGCUAAGAAUUAUUUAAAACCAAAUACAAUCCGGAACGUAAACUGGGUGUUCACUAGCUAUAGA